GUUAAAAUUAGAUUUCGGCACCGCCGUGGAAAAAAAGUCGCCUCCCUCUCUCUCACUGCGCACGGCUUACUGAAGAACUUCUCUCCACUUUCCCACCGAUCGUUCUUCCGCCUGUGAUUUCUUCAAAAUGUCUAACAGGCACACUAUCAUUCUCAUGCAAUCCUCCCAGCACAGAGCAACUCGUACUUUCAUGGAUUACGAUUCGAUCAGUCAAGCAAUGGAUGGAAUAUGUGGACUUUACGAAAGGAAAAUUAAGGAAUUAAAUCCAGCCACAAGAAACAUCACUUAUGAUAUUUCCGAUCUGUACAAUUUUAUCGACGGGCUUGCUGAUUUGAGUGCAUUAGUAUAUGACCACUCAAUUCAGGCUUACCUACCAUACGAUCGACAAUGGAUCAAGCAGAAGACACUGCAACACUUGAAAAAACUGGCUCAAUGAAAGUAAUAUGUGCAGAUAAUCUCCUAUUUGGCUAUUGUACUUAAAAGACUGAAACUGCACAGCUCGAGUCAGUUCAACAACUUCCAUUACAGUGUUCUCCAAGUUAAAACUUUUACAGUAAUGGUAGUGCCACCUGGCCGAGACCAGCGUCGUAAUCAUAUUGUUAUAUCAGAACAGUAUUUAGUGUGUCCCAAAAAUGGCAGCUCUUGAUACAUUCGCCAAUUUCUCAUUACAGAUUAUGUGUUACUUUUGUAAUCAAAUGACUUAAAGAGUAUUUUUGUGUAAUUCGCCUCGUUUUUUCUCUA